GUGGUGUUGUGUAGUUAGUUGGCUGAUGCACUACCACUCGCGUUAGAUUGUGGCCGGUGUGUCUUAUGUUGCAUUUGUGAUAUCGCAUACACGCACGGUGGCUUCGUGUAGAUGAUUCUUUUUCAGCUAACCUAGCUUGUGCUAGUCUGUGAUGCUACUGUUAGCAUUUUACUGACGGCAUUGAAAUGUAUCAGGGAAAAAAAACAGCACAAAUAUCAAAUGUAGUCUGCUGUACCACAUUCUUUUAGAAAGGAUGCUAAAUUUAACUAGACACACGUUUAACACUAUUUACAUAUUAGCUGCCAUGUCUCUUCUUUCAGGCUUAAACUUCCUUUCUGGUAGCCCUUAUUUGGUUUACAUGUAACGUUCACUGUUGAUUCUGUGUUUAUGAGAAAUUAAGAUCACAUUAGGAGACCGAAACCCCAUGUUCCCACCUCUGAGAUUAGAUUUUAAUGUAUAUGUUCACAAUGAACCCUAACUAGUUUGAGCAAUUCAAGACACCAUUCAUUUCUGUCUUUUUUCCCCCCUCUCAGCAGCACACAUAAAUGAUGGGGUUGAAAAUGGUUGAGCUCACCUCAAAUUCACACCAUGAAAGCAUCUUGUCCUCUCUGCAACAACUGAGGCUUGAAGGACAGCUGAGUGACAUUACAGUUCAGGUAGACUUUCAGGGAGAUGUGCAGGAGUUUCGGGCCCACCAGGUGAUGCUUGCUGCGUCCAGUGGCUACUUCAAGAAGAUUCUUCUGUCUCAGGAUGCGACUCAGGAUAAGCUGCUACUGUCAAAUAUGCACUGGAGUGAUUUCUCUAAGUUUUUGGAAUUUGUGUACACUGGUAAAGUUGAGGUCGUCAGAGAGAAGAUUAGUGAUGUGCAGGCAGUGGCACAGUUUUUGGAUUGCGAGGGUCUGCUGGAGGUUUGUGGAGGGGCCUUGAGUGCUGGGAUUCUACAAAAACCUGUCAGGAAAAAAUCUCUAGCAAAGGUUGCAGCUACAGAUGACUUGCACGAUGAUAAAAAAGGUAGAAAUACCAAAGGGAAGAAGCAACCUGGAAGCUUAUUUCUUAAGCGGCAGCGCUCUCCACGUAGUUCUGAAAAAGAAGUCGCUUCCAAAAGAUUUAAAGCAAAGGCCACAGAACGGGAUAAAAAAACACGUGCAACGAAGCUAAAACUGAAGCUCGCUGGCCACGAAGUGCUCCAGAUGCAUUUGUACACUAAGAAACAGGUUUCUAAUGAGGAAAACCAAGUUACAGACGAAGAUGCAGAGGAGGAGGACCUGGCUGAAGCAGAUUUCCAGUCAGAGAACCAUGAGGACAAAGGAGAUGAGUCUUUACUGGGAAAGUCUCUCUCUGAGAUGGACGAUUGGGAGUCUGAAGAUGACGUGCAACGCAGCGAUACAGAAGAUUCCUCGCUUUUAACGAUGGAGGAGGAGGACGAAGACGAGGAAAGACAGGAUGAGGCGUCAAAGAGAACAUCCAAAGCCCAGUUCCAGUGUAACAAAUGCCAGCGGACUUUCCACUAUGAGAAAAGCUACUUAAAGCACAUCAGUACAUAUCAUGGAGUGAAAGCAGAUGUCAUCUAUCGCUGUGAGACCUGCUCAAAGACCUUCGCUAACCGCAGCAACCUGAAGAUCCACGAAAAGCAUGUUCACAACAACGAGAGGCUUUUUACGUGCGACUCCUGCACGAAGACCUUUAAACGAAAGAAGGAUGUUGUCCGCCAUCAAAGACAGGUCCAUGAACGAAACCUGCGGCACGUCUGCCCUGAAUGUGGAAAGGCCCUCAGCUCGAAAACUGCACUGUUGUUGCAUGAGAGGACGCACACGGGCACAAAGCCUUUUGCGUGCACUGACUGUGGGGCGAGGUUUACCCAGAACGCUGCCCUCAAGAUGCAUCGCAGGAUUCACACAGGAGAGAAGCCAUUUGCAUGUGACCAGUGUGAGUCCCGGUUCACUCAGAAGCACAUGUUGGCCUAUCAUAAGAGAUCACACACAGGGGAGAAGCCCUUCAUGUGUGAGGCCUGUGGGAAAAGCUUUGCAUCCAAAGAAUACCUGAGACAUCACUCAAACAUCCACACUGGCUCUAAGCCUUAUAAGUGUGAAAUGUGCGGCAGAGGCUUCGCACAGAGGAACUGCCUCAACCAGCAUCUAAAGAUCCACACAGGUGAGCGUCCGUACAGCUGCAAAGACUGCAACAAGCAGUUCACUCAGCUCAACGCACUUCAAAGGCACCAGCGCAUUCACACGGGGGAGAAGCCCUACAUGUGUGGGCUCUGCAAGCGCACAUUCACAGACAAGUCCACCCUUCGCAGGCACACUAUGAUCCAUGACCCUGAUACUCCCUGGAAGACCUAUCUGGUGGUGCUGGAGGGAAACGUAGAAGAAAAGAAAACCAAAUCUCCCCCUAAAGGAAAGGGAGACAAAGUAGGGCCAGGGGACAAAAAGCACUCAGCCAGAAAAAGUACUGGUGGUACUGCUAGUGCUCCUGCUCCUGAUGGUAAAACCCACGGCGAGUCCGUUGUGGUUCCAGCCGAACCGGUCACUCUCCCCCCUGACUGGCACACUCACGGAACCAUCGCUCUGGUCAGUCACGGCGCCCUCGGCGGGAUCACCGUCAUCCACACGGAGGUUCCACCCGGGACGCAGCUGCAGCCCAUCGUGACCACCGACGGCACAGGGGCCAGCGUCAUUUCCUUGGACGGUUCGCCCAUCUCCGUCCCCUUCUCUCUACCCGUGUCCAUGGCUCAUCCCGUCACCGUGUCCUCCGUGACCCCCUCCACCUCUCUCUCCCUGCCCGCUCUGUCUGUCCCCGUUUCCGACCGCUUGUUGGCAUCAGCCGUUCCCACGUCGUCUGUGCUGGAAACCGCGGCCUCACAGACUAUUUUGGCUCCAGUCUCGGACGACGCCGACGCUCUUCAGCCUGAUAUUCAGACUGUGAUCGUUGGUGAAAAGGAUUGUGAACAAGAGCAAGCAGCCGUCCAAAGUGAUGAACAGCCCAGGACAGAAAGUGACCUCUGAGAAUAAAAAGGCCUCAGAUAAAGAUGCAUGUAAACGUAACUUUUCAUCUGAUUGUAAGGGACCCAUUCAUUCACGUUGCUUUACGUUUGUCCUGUAUAUGUGACCAUGUGGUGUUUUGUUUUCUCAUAAUACUCUGCAUUAAC